AUGCCUUCGAAGGUUGACCAAAACUCGAUCCGCCGCCGAGGCGCGGGUCUCAUCGCUUCCGAUCCAGACAAGGUCUCGCCCGGCUAUGUCCUCGUGGCACCCCUCACAAGCAAACAGGUCCACCUCAUCGACACGAAAGGCGACACUGCCCACACAUGGACCUUCCCGUGGCGCAACGGCCGACACGCCCGUCUUCUGCCCAACGGCAAGCUUGCCGUCAACAGCAUCGACCCUGAGACGCCGCGACCGUUCUGGUUCUUCAACAAGUACGGCGGUGGAAUCAUGAGCGAGGUGGAACCAGCAACUGGCAAAAUUGUACGCCAGCACCGUGAUCCGCUCCAGCACCACGAUGCACACCACUACGGCGAUGGAUCUGGCAAGAUCCUGUACACCACCCUGGAGAAGCUCAACGAGAACGACUCGCUCCAAGUCCAAGGCGGACAUCCAGGCACCGAAGCUCCCGACGGAGCUGUCUACGCAGACGUCAUCAAGGAGGUCGAUGCCAGCGGCAACACCAUCUUCGAGUGGAAAGCCUCGCAACAUCUCGACCGGUCCACGUUCCCCCUGCAAAGCCCUUACCCACGCGAGCACUGGCCGUUGAUCAACUCGGUCCAGCCGCUGUCGGACGGCAACAUUCUGGCAUCUCUGCGAUCCGUUUCCGCUGUGAUUAUCAUUUCUCGAAACGACGGCUCAAUCCUAUGGCACCUCGACUCCAAGGUGGUGGCACAACAGCAUUGCGCCAACGAGCUGCCUGGAAGCGGCAACAUCUUGAUCUUUGACAAUGGCGCCUUCCGUUACGGCGAAUCGUUCCAGUACAGUCGCGCUCUUGAAGUCGACAGGUCGACCAAGGAGAUCGUGUGGCAGUGGACGGACCCUUCCAAGGAGAGGUUCUUCACGCCUUUCAUGGGAGGAGCGCAGCGUCUCGCUUCGCCGGCUGCCGCUGGCGCCGCGCACGGACGAGGGAACACGCUCUUGACAGAAAGUGCUUUCGGCCGCAUCGUCGAGAUCGACGACGAAGACAACGUCUGCUGGGAGUGGAUCAACCCGCACUUUGCAAAGUACGACGAGGAGCACGUGGCUCGCGUCUUUCCCUCCGAGUCCAACGCCCUGUUCCGCGCAUACAAAUACGCUCCCGAGCUGUUCCCUUGGUUGCAGGAUACAUCAAAACCCGCAAACGGAUGCUUGGUAGCAUAG